CCUCAUCCUGGCGCCAUACUACAAUUCCUCACUUGACCAUAUCUGACCAUGUCCAAAGCCAGUGGAGUUCGAAAACCUCAGCAUCCCUAAUUUCAUCACGACGAUAAUCUCCCUCACGCCGAUGGUUUCUUUUCGGUUCCCGGUGAAGCGCUCCACGGCGCAAUCCAUGCCUGCAUCUUGUAAUAGACUCCUACACUUGCAGCCAUGGGUGUGACCGGUCUCUGGACUGUCGUGGCACCCACUGCACGCCCAACACAACUUGCCUCUCUGAAUCGCAAAAGGCUCGCCGUGGACGCCUCGAUCUGGAUUUACCAGUUCCUCAAAGCCGUUCGCGACAAAGAAGGAAACGCCUUGCGCAACAGCCAUGUCGUAGGCUUCUUCCGUCGGAUAUGCAAGCUUCUAUACUUCGGUAUCAAACCCGUAUUCGUCUUUGAUGGCGGCGCACCUUUGUUAAAACGGGAAACAGUCAGAAAACGAGCAAGAAGGAGAGAAGGCAGGAGAGAGGAUGCGGCCCGGACAGCGGGCAAAUUGCUCGCUCUACAGGUGGCGAGAGCUGCAGAGGAGGAGGAUAGGAGAAGGAAAAGGGAGAAGGAAUCCGGUGCAGACCACAACCACGAUAGGGAAAUCGAGGAAGAAUUGCCGCCAGACCAGGAAUUGGUAUAUGUGGACGAACUCGGCAUGACGGCCAAGGAGCGACAAGCAGGGCGCGGGUUCAAGAAGAAGGACCAAUAUCAUCUCCCUGAUCUCGAUGUCAGUAUCGAGAGUAUGGGAGCCCCCAAUGACCCGCGUAUCAUGUCCCAGCUGGAGCUUGAGGACUAUGCUCGCCAGUUUCACAGUGGAGAGGACGUCAACCUGUACGAUUUCAGCAAGAUUGAUUUCGAAUCGCCCUUUUUCCUCUCCCUACCCCCGGGCGAUAGGUACAAUAUCCUCAAUGCUGCUAGACUACGCUCAAGGUUGAGGAUGGGCUAUUCUAAAGAACAGCUUGACGGCAUGUUUCCGGAUCGCAUGGCGUUUUCCAAAUUUCAGAUCGAGCGAGUCAAGGAGCGAAACGAGCUCACCCAAAGACUUAUGCAUAUCAACGGCAUGGCAGAUGACUUUCUGAAUCAAGGCGGGAGAAUUGCUGGUGAAAAGGGAAAGGAAUAUAUCCUGGUAAAGAAUGAUGGAGUUGAUGGCGGUUGGGCAUUGGGAGUCGUCUCGAAUAAGCAGGGAAGGAGCAAAGACAACGCCAUCGAUCUGGAAGAGGAAGAGCAGGACCAUGAUUCGUCCGACGGAUCCAGCGAAGAAGAUGAAUUCGAGGACGUGGCAAUCGAAGGUCUGAAUCGUCUGCCUAAAAGUCUCAUCAAGAAACGAAAGGCAGUGGAUUACGAUGCGUCAUAUGAGGAUGCCGUCGAACAGAUUGCUCGUAAGAGGAAGGCGGUGUACGAUGCACGAAAGGAAGUUCCGCUUGUUCGCCCGACUGCACGGCCAGAAUUUAGAAGCACCCCUGCCAAUCCACCUGACGGGGAGGCAAGUUUAUUCGUUCCGGAUGAUAAGAUGGACGACGAUGAUGGUGACGAGCUGUUUGAGGAUGUGCUACCCCCGGUCGUGGAGGAGGAAGACGAUGAUCUUCAGCGUGCUAUCGCCAUGUCCCUGGAAAAGGCAGACGACGAAAACAACACGAGCAAUUUUGAAGGUGGAUUCGUCGUUGACAACCAACCUCGCAAAGCUGUCGAUCAAGACGACGAUGACGCAUUCGACUUUUCAUCAGCCCUUGCCCAGUCACGACGACAAAAGCCUCAUGCCCAGCCCAGCAUUCCCGAAAAUCCAACCUCAAAAUCAGAAUUGUCUGCUCCAAAAUUCAGUGGUCCACUACCAUUUGAGUCAAUAAACCUUGGACAGUCACUCCUUGGGAAGAAGAAAUCCAAGAAGAUCGAGGAAGACUUGUCUGGCGGGUUUGAUCGAGACCUAGGAGAUGAUGCCUUUCGCAAGGAACGGCCACCUCAGCCAUUACCGGUUUGGUUCAAUGCUGCGCCGAGCACAAAAGAUCUAAAACAUACUGUUGAGGUUGACGAUGAUGAUAUCGUUCACGAUAGAUAUCGGGGUAGACCAAUACAGAUGCAGGAGCGCAUUCGGAGACAAGAUACCAAAGAGGUCAUAGACCUGGACAAAGAAGACGAAGCAGGGACAACUCAGAUGCCAAUCGACAUUGACGAUGAUACGAAUCCCAUAUUCAAUGAUUCGCAGGACAUGACACAAAAGUCUCACGCCGAUGGUGAGGCAUCUCUCCCAAGCCAAACAAUCAUAUCCGAAGAAUCCGAUCAUGAAGACCUCAAAGAAGCAGAAUCUGUUGUGGUAGACUCCAGUGAGGACGAAGAGCGACGCAAGCGAGACGAAGCACGCGAAAAGAGAUACGAAUUGGCCCGCCAGAUCGCAGCGGAGAAUGAUUCCCAGGAAAUCAAGAUGAGUGAAGUCGCCGAGCUCGCACAAGCAGAUCCGCCUAAGCCGACUGAAACCCCCAAUUUUGUACCUCGACCUGCAUCGCCUGACCAGCCCGUCGAGACUGAUCAAGAGAGCGACUUUGAACAGGUUGAAUGGAGCGAAUCGGAGCAAGGACAACCCGAUAGCCCUGGCUCUCUAGGAACGAUCGACGGCAAAUCUCCAAGUCCUUCGCAUGAUGUUGUCCAGGAAGAGAAUGAAGAUGAAGAUGAAGGCGAAGAUUUCGAAGACGUCGAUAUGCAAGCACCACCAUCUCUCCAACAACAAGAAAGCACUGUGUCCAACAUCGACAAAAACCUAUUUGUAUCGGAAGAAAAUCCAUCAGCUUCCCAGGUUGAAGCCCUGCCACCCAUCAACGAACCCGAAUUUGAAUACCUGUCCGAGUCCGAGGAAGAACUUAUCCGGCAACUGGAGAUUGAAGCACAGGAGCACGCGCGAUUUGCCAACUCGUUGGCCAGCAAUAAUAACAACUCUACCACGGAACAAAGUAUGCGGGACUAUGAAAAUGAGCUGAAGCAACUCCGUACACAACAAAAGAAAGAUCGUCGCGAUGCAGACGAGGUGACACAAGCAAUGGUUCAAGAAUGCCAAGCUCUUCUCCGCCUCUUCGGACUUCCCUAUAUCACGGCACCCAUGGAAGCAGAAGCGCAAUGUGCCGAAUUGGUCCGUCUAGGACUAGUCGACGGGAUCGUGACCGACGACAGCGACAUCUUUCUAUUUGGCGGGACGCGCAUCUACAAAAACAUGUUCAACGCGGCCAAGUACGUAGAAUGUUAUUUGUCGAGCGAGCUGGAAAAGGAAUUCCUCCUUGACCGGCGACGUCUCAUCCGAUUUGCUCACCUGCUGGGAAGUGAUUACACCGAAGGCAUCCCGGGAGUUGGGCCGGUCACGGCACUCGAAAUCCUGACCGAGUUUCCCACCCUCGACGACUUUCGCGACUGGUGUGCGAAGAUCCAACUCGGCCGCCCGGCCGACGUCGAGGGUGAGAUCAAUACCCCAUUCCGCAGAAAAUUCCGCAAAACCGUACAGAAGAAACUGUUCCUCCCGCCGGGAUUUCCUGACGUUAGGGUCGAUGAGGCAUACUUGAGUCCAGAGGUCGAUUCUAACCCGGAGCCAUUCCAAUGGGGUGUGCCUGAUCUGGAUCGAUUGAGGUCAUUUCUCAUGGCGACCAUUGGCUGGAGCCAGGACCGCACGGAUGAGGUGCUGGUGCCGGUGAUUCGCGACAUGAAUCGGAGAGAGCUAGAAGGCACACAGAGCAAUAUUACCAGAUUCUUCUCUGGGGGUGUUGGUGUUGGGGCCGUCGUGCAGGGAAGAGGUAUUGGUGGGAGAAAUACGCCAGCUGGGGCCACUGGUGGAGUGGGUGGACUUGCCGUGGGAGGUGAAACCGUUGGCGGAACAUUAAAGGAGCCGACUGCCCCUAGAAAUCGGACCGGUAAGGAGAGUGGUCGCAUGCGGAACGCGUUCAAGAGGCUGAGAGGGGAGGCCGAGCGGCGGAGGAAGGGAAAUGAUAUGGACUUUGUCGACGAUGUCGGAGCAGAGGAGGAUAAGGAGGGGUUGGCGGCUCCGGCUUUCGCAGAGGAUGGUAUCGAUGCGGACGCGGAAGAUGAAGAUGAUGGUGAUAACGCGGUGACGAAAGAUUCAUCCAGGCGGCAAAGGGGGAACAAUAGGAAGAAGACGACGACAAAGCAAAAGAAGAGAGGAUCUAGGGCUCGACCACAAGAACUUGAAGAUGAAGAUGGGGAGGAAUCCGAAAGGAUUUGACCAAGGUGUAUGGUGAUAAUCACGAUGAGAACGAUGACCACGACGACCACAAUCACGACGAAAAAUGGCGGAAAUUGAGGAGGGAAUCACGUACAAGGGGUUCAAAUGAAUUGGACAUUCGGCCGGCUGUCCUACGCGUCGAGACUAUACAGCAUCGACGGGCGAUGGUAUAACAUGGUUGACAUCUCAGCAGCUGGUUCCAAUCAGUGUGUACAUAGCUGUAGUGUCAUUUUGUAGCUAAAACCAAUCUUGGACCCAGAGUGUCCAACAUGAGCCAAA